GGCUUCUUCCGUCCAUCGUGGGGCUUCACAUCAUGGAAAAUAAGUUGCUUUUUUGUUAUUAUUUUUCAUUAAAUAUGAAUAAAUAAAUAUCAAUUGUUAUUAAGCCUCCGAAGCGGUAGAGGGCGCAUGCAUCAAAAACGCGUCCCGAAACUGCAGGCGUGGAAACUGCUGUAAAAUCUCAACCGCGCGUUAUUUUUGGCACAACUACAGUCAGAGAAAUCCCGCCUACCCCUCUAGGAUUGGCUAAUGCCUAAUUCUACACCAUUCUGAUUGGCGGAUUGUUUGUGAGCGUGAACAAGUAGCCAAUCAGCGCACAGGAAGGUGUCGGAAUGGGGUAGAGAAAGGCACUGCGGAUGGAUGCUCUGUGUAAUCGAUUACGCUGAUUAUAGCUCUAUAUACCCUGUAAUUAUUAUAUAUUCUUUUCGGAAGCAUUUCUUUUCAGUUCACAAAAACAUUCACAUGCAAGCUGAUACUAUUUUGCAGGUUGUUGCUGGUUAAAGCUGAGAAAAUAUUCCUUUGGUUUUUGCCCCCCCGACUUUGUCUGCUAGCAUGUUAGCCUUUAGCCGACCCUAUAUGAAAUUAAUAUAAUAUAACAUUUUGGUAAAUAAUUAGUGGGUUAGGUGUAUGAGGUGUAAAUGGUGAAGUGUGGUUGGAUAAUCCCGGCUUCUCUGCUCUUCUCAGUUUGAGUGAGUUUGUACUUUCAGCUUUAACAUGGCGGAAAACAAUGCAGAGGAUUUUCUCGGCAUCAUCUUGGUUUCAAGGGACUUCUGAAGCCAUGGUCCGCAAAGAACUUACAAAGCAUGUACGGGAUCUCAUUGUCGAAAGGUACCGAUCAGGAGAGGGGUACAAAAGAAUUUCCAAAACAUUAGAUGUACCAUGGAGCACGGUGAAGGCCAUCAUCAACAAGUGGAGAAAAUGGGGCACCACAGUGACAUUACCAAGAACAGGACGUCCCUCCAAAACUGAUGAAAGGACAAGACGAAAACUUAUCACGCUGCCUGCCGAGAGACCUACAGCAACAUUAAAGGAGCUGCAGGAAUAUCUGAACGUCAGCUCUGUGGAGGAAGAAAGUCAGAAGGAGACGGAGCCCUCAUUAGGUGCUGAGAUUCCGAGGUCCGAUUCGUCCAAGCAAGGCAUGGAGGAAGAUGAGCUGGACGGGCUUCCUGUUUUUGGAGCAGAUGAAGAAGAGGGUGACCUGGAGAGCAGCUCCACUCAAAAAGACAAUCAGACUGACGAUCGAGAUGAGAAUGAAAACAGGAGCAGUGUCUCGCCUAGAGAUAACGAAGCAGGUGAAAGCGUGCAGUGCUCUCAGAUGGAGGACACAACGUCACAAAAUGAAGGCAGUGCGUCAUCACAGGAACCAGCUGAAGGAAGCCGAGAGGAAAUCAUGUAUUCUCCUUUAAAGAAAAUAAAGGAUGAGCCCAUAGAUGAGGACUAUGAUAAAGCACUCAUCAGUUCUGCGCAAUCAGACGUCGGUCGUGUUAAAGAGGAGCUUGAGAAUGGAGAUCAUGAGUCCUUGGUUCCUCUGGAUGAAUUGAGGAUCAGCUCUGUCUUUUCUGUUAGAGGAAACAGUGAUGCCAUUUCUGCUCCUGUUGCAGCCCCACAACCAUCUUCGUUCACUGCUCUGACUCAGACAGCCUCAGCAAUCAGACCACCUCCUAUAGUCUUGCAGGCUCAAAUGCAGCCUCAUUUUCAAGCACACCUCCAGCUUCAACCCAAGACCUUGGCUCAACUUCAACCCCAUCUGCAAACCCAUCUUCAGGCACAGCUUCAAACUCAUCUCCAACCUCAACUUCAACUCCAAGCACAGCUUCAAGCACAGCUUCAAACGCAGCUUCAACCGCAACUCCCACACCAGCUUCAACCGCAGCUCCCACACCAGCUUCAGCCGCAACUCCCACACCAACUACAACCGCAACUCUCACACCAACUCCCACACCAACUCCAGCCACAGCUCCCACACCAGCUUCAGCCACAGCUCCCACACCAGCUUCAGCCACAGCUCCCACACCAGCUCCAGCCACAGACCCCACCUCAGCUCCAGACACAACCACCACCCCAUCCGCAGGCUCAGCCCACACACCAGCUCCAGCAACAGCCCCCACAACAGCAGCAGCCCCCUCCUGCUCCUGUGCGAAUCUGCUGCUCAGGCUGCUCUAAGGUCCUUCAGAAAGGUCAGACUGCAUUUCAGAAGAAGGGUUCCAAUCAGCUGUUCUGCUCCACUGUAUGUCUCACUGGAUUCACCCUGCCUCCAGCCCCCAAUAUUGCCCCAAAGAAAACCUGCCACCUCUGUCUCAAGGUGAUCGGGAAUCCAAAAGACUUGAUAACAGUUCCAGUUGACUCAGCAAACACCUUAAAGGAGUUUUGUAGCCUGUCCUGUCUCAGCAUUUACAAGUCCAGGGUUGAAGGCUUAGCCGAAGAGGAUGCCGUUGUUAGAUGCGCCGUGUGCAGAAAUCCCAGUGAGAUUCAACAUGAAGUGAAUCACCAGGGCAUUCUGCACCGUCUCUGCAGUGACGAAUGCUUCUCACGUUUCCGCUCCUCCAAAAGGCUGUCCAUGAGCUGCUGCGAAAGCUGCGGCAACUGCACUGUCACAGGAAACUAUCACCUCGUACAGAUAGAGGACACUGUUAAGAAAUUCUGCAGCCCAGCCUGCAUCAGCACUUUUAAACAGAAAAGUGGUAAGAGGGUCCACUGCCCCUGCUGUCAAGAUUUUAAAGCUAUGGAUCAGAUGUUGGAAGGCACAAACGCGCAAGGAGUCAUAGAGUUCUUCUGCUCCUCCAGAUGUGUGGCUAAUAGCCAGGCGUCCUGCACUUUGUCAGGUGCUUCAUUCCCGUGCACAAAUUGCCAGAAGUUAGCUGUUCCUCAGUAUCACUUGGCUAUGCCUGACGGAUCCAUUCGAAACUUCUGCUCAUACGAGUGUGUUGGCAGAUUCCAGGAGAGGCUGCACAGGUCCAUUCAGAUGAACGGAGGAUCCUAUCACAGUCCAAACACCGGCGUCCAUCCUCCUUUACCUCAUUCAUCUGCCCAAGGAUAUAAUCCUCCUCCUAAUACAGUGCCUGCUUUGAAUCAAAACACUAUCUCGCCAUACGUGCCUGCUUCUCGACUGACAAACCUACAAGACACCCAGCAGCAGCCAGAAGCUCUCGGCCCUGUCAAACUGACCUGUAAACAGUGCCAGAAGCAGUUCAGCUCUAAACCCGAGGUCCUACAGUUUAAGAAUCAUGUGGGCCUCUUCUGCUCACGCCUCUGUUGCGACAUGUAUAAGAGGGAAAGAGAUGUCAAAGCAGUGUGUGAGUACUGCAAAGAAGAGAAGGUGGCCAAGGACAUUGUCGUCUAUGAGAAGCAGCCGCGGGCUUUCUGUUGCGAAGGCUGCAAACUGCUCUACAAGCACGACUAUGCCAAGCAGCACGGGGGUCAGUGCAGAGUUUGUGCUUACUGCUGCAAUGUGACCCACAAAACCAUCCAGAAUCACUUUGGGGGCAAACUGGAGGAGUUCUGCUCAGAAGAGUGCAUGUCUCUCUACACCGUUCUCUUCUAUGAGAUGGCGAAGUGUCAUGCUUGUAAGAAUCAGGGACCACUUAAGGAGAGCGUCAGAUGGGACGAAAUGGUCCGACACUUCUGCAACCUGCACUGUUUGUUGCAUUUUUGCUCCAAGAGUAUCAUCCCCGAUCAGCCAAACAGCAACGGUAUUAACACUGCUGCCACGACAGCCCAAGCCCCAUUAUCUCUCUCGAAAGACAUGCCUGUAAUCGGUGGUGUUGUGUCAUUGGCCUCUGCAUUGGCUGGCAACACAGCACUCACAGGAGCACUGCCUACCUCAAACGCCAGCUCCAAAAUCAUUGGCGACGCAAGCACCCAAACAGACGCCUCGGUGAACGGCGAUCCUCAGCAGCGACGGAUGCUGAAGAAUAAAGCCGUCAUGUGCAAACCUAUCAAUGAUGAGCAGAGCAUCCAGUGUGAAAUUGAGCCUCCAAAACUACUGUCUGAGACAGUUAUUGAUGAAAAAGGAGAGAAAGUGAGACUGGUGCCUGUGCCUAUACCAGUUCCAACACCCAUAUACAUUCCUGUGCCCAUGCACCUGUACACUCAGUACACACCCUUACCGCUGGGAUUCCCUCUUCCUAUACCUGUGCCAAUGGUUGUGCCAGCUUCUCAGGAAUCUGCGCAGUCAAGUUCCACUAAAGGCGGCGUCCCAUCACAAAGCUCAGUGGAGGAUGAAGAUGUGGAAAAGGGCAAGAGCAGGCCCCUGUCCCAUGGAGACCAAGGCAGUACCUACAGUGGGGAUUUGGAAUCCGAGGCCAGGUCUACCCCCUUCAGUUGGGCAGAUCCUGAGGAUUCUUCACACAAUCUUAAGCCAUCAGUCCCUUCAUCUGAGUUAGAGGGACCUAAAGAUCCUCCUGCUACCUCCACAGCAUCCAAAUUGUUAGAUUUGGAAAAGGACAUUCCUCUUGCAUCAAAUGAUCACGAAGCAACGAAGGAGCAGAAAUCAUCAGCAAAACGACGCAAGAGAGGAAAGAAAGGAUCUAAUGUUGAAGAACCGAAGAGUUUCAAAGAAGAACUGGAUGUAGCUGAUUGUGCACAGUCCAUCUUGGACACUAAUUUAGACCAGUUCAAUAUGGAAUCUUGCCAACACAGUGGAACACUGGGGAGAAGUAUUUUCAUUAGCUCAGAAUGCGUUCCACUUGAUGAUGUCCUGCAAGAGGCACAAAACACAUUUAAAUAUGGUGAAGAGUUCACGUCAUCCUCUGGGUCAAUGAUACCUUCAAGGCCAAGUCUAAAAACAGGGAGUAAAACAGUUAGAGUUCAGACAUCAUGCACCAAAAAGCAGUUCUGUGUUUACUGUCAGAAAUCAAAUACCAAAAUAGCAAGGCACUUGGAGCAAAUGCAUUCCAAUGAAACAGAUGUAGCAUAUGCCCUCAGCUUUCCAAAAAGAUCUAAAAGAAGACAUAUGCUACUUGAACAGCUUCGCAAGAAAGGCAAUUAUCAGCAUAACAUUGAAGUCAUUCGGAAUGGAAAUGGGGAUAUAGUUAUGCAAAAACAAACAAAAAGAAAAAGGUCUGCGAUGGAAUACUUGCCCUGUCAAUAUUGCCUAGCUUUCUUUCUCCGGGAAGGGUUGGAGAAACAUGAGUACUUAUGCAGGACAAAAAUGAUUUCGCAAUCUUGUCCAGAGUCCUUGGAACAGCUGGAGACUAAACAUGAGUCCUGCUUUCAACCCACUCCAGAACUAAAUGCACAAUCGCUUGUCAAAUUAAACCUGGUCCAUUUGCAAAGUCCAAAGUCCAGCUCUGAAGCCAGGUCACAUCCUGAUCUUGUAUCAAGCCUCCCAUCUAGUGCCAUUGGCUGUUCUGAGCUCAUCUGCCAACAUAAUCUUGAAAGGUGCUCUUUCUCAAGUACUCAGUCAAGUCCUGAAUCAAGUCCUGAAUCUUCUGACCAAAUAGGUCUAAAAUCUUUCCGUGGACCAAGUCAUAUAUUUAGUCAGCCUAGUCCUGAACCCUUCCUUCCAACCAAUUCUGAUCUUGGUCAGUCUCCUAGACCAGAUUUCUCUGAUGAAUGUACCUUUACAUCUAGUCCUGAACCUAGCCCUCAACCUAGUUUUGAAUCCCACUUACAGCCAAAUGAGUUAUCAAGUCCUGCAACUAUUCAUCCUAGUCCCAAACCUUGCUACGAGAGUAGCCUCAUGACCUCUGCUGAAAGCAACCCAGAGACCGCUAAGGCCAGUUUUGAGUUGUGCCUUCCAUCCACUCCUGAACCUGGCCCACUGCCUUAUCUCGAAUCAAGUCCUAGUCAUCUAAGUGUUGACUCGUGCUGUGAAGAAGUUUUGAGGUCCAGUCCUGAAACCAGUCUCCCCCGUACUCCUGAAUAUUGCAGCAUUGUUGAGUCCAACGUAAAAACUACUCUUGAAUCAUGUCUUGUAUCCAGUAUGGCGUACACUGAUGCAUCUAGCAGUGCAACUCUGAAUGUUGGAUCUUGCCACCAGCCCAUUGUCAGUCAGAUGUCCAGCCCACAUCCUACUCAACCAAGUUUUGAGUCCUUCUUUCUAUCCAGUGUGGCGUGUGAUCUCAGGCCACCACCUAGUCCGGAAUUGUGCAGUCAAACCGCUUCCAUGUUGAGCCAUGAAUCUACCCUUCAAUCCGACUUUGAAUCCUGCACACAAGCUGAGAAAUCUAGCCCAACUAGUUCUUGUUGUAGUUUCAACUCUUACCACCAAACUAGCCUUAUCAGUGGUGAACACAGUCCAGAUCCUAGUCAGACAAGUUUUGAAUUGUGCCUCUCUUCCAGCCCUGAAACUAGCCCUGUGCCUGAUCAUGAAUCAGAUCCUGGUCCUCAGAUUAGUUGUGAAUCCUGCUUUGAGCCAGUUUUUCAGUCCAGUUCUGCAACCAGUCACUUUCCUACUUCUGAAUCUUUCCGCUACCAUAGUGUUGAGUCCAACAUGAAACCUAACGUUGAACCCUGUCUCACAUCCAGUAUGAAGUGCAGCAGUCCUCCACCCAGCAGUGCUGAAGCUAAUACAGAAUCUAUAUCACAGAUCCCCAGUGCCAGCUCCCACUGCCUGGACUCAGAUGCCUCAAGUGGGAUUGAUUACAAUCUGAUUAAUGGUGACAGUUCAGUCGAGCCACCUGCAGAAAGCCUGACGUAUCAAAAGAAUUCUGUUGAUCUUGUUGAUGUAGACUCCACUUUUAGCUCACCAUCUUGCGCAAAAACCAGUUCACAGUGUGAGACAUUGUCCACCCUAAAGCUCAAAAAGAGUACUGGUUCACUCUCAAGUCUGAAAUCCAGUUCACAGUCUAGUUCAAAUUCGAGUUUAAUCUGUAGCCCUUCUUCUGAACCAGUGCUGUCCCAACAGAUAAGUUUAAACAAAACACCAGAUGGUGAGAGGUUAGGGAAGAAAAGACAGUUCUGCCUUUACUGUAAAAAACCCUACAUCAAAAUGGCACGGCAUUUGAGCCAAAAACAUGUAAAUGAAAAGGAUGUAGCACGUGCUCUUAGUUUUCGAAAGGGGUCUAAAAAACGGCUUGUUCUAUUUGAACAGCUUCGAAAGAAAGGGAAUUAUCAGCAUAAUGUUGAAGUUCUUAAAAAUGGAAGUGGAGAGCUUAUCACCUGUAAACGAGCAACUAAAGAUCAUUCUGUGGGUGUGUACCUGCCUUGUCAAUAUUGCCUGGCAUUUUAUAUCCGCCAUGAUCUGUGGAGGCAUGAAAGACGUUGCAAAAUGAGAACAAAUGGCAACCCUGUUUGCCUUAAAAGGACUGCAUCAUCAAAGUUGCUUCCAUUGCAGGGUAGUGUUUCUGGAGAUUUGGAAGAAGCUAUUCAUAGUAUGAAGCAAGACAAUGUCUUGCAUCAUAUAAGAGAUGAUGCUCUGAUUUGCAAGUAUGGUGCUAGGCUUUUUGAAAAACUUGGACAUGAUAAAAAACGUCAAGUAUAUGUAACACAGAAGAUGAGGGAAUUGGCAAGAUUUAUGCUAGCCGUGAAAGAGUUAGAUGGAAGUGUUCAGUAUUUGCAUCAUGUGUGCACUCCAUCCAGGCUUGAUUUGGUCAUUAAAGGUGCAAAGAUAGUUAGUGGGUUUGAUGAAACUUUAAGCAAAUUUGAAAAGCCAUCUUUGGCAUUAAAAAUUGGCAAUUCGAUAAGACAAGCAGCUGAAAUUAUUUGUGGUGAGAAUGUUAUGGAGGGUGAUACAGAGACUGUUGCUAAUGUUAAAGAGUUUAUUCGGCUCCUUGAGAAAAAUUGGAUUUCUUGUGCUAAAAGCGCUGACCAGGUCAACCCUGAUAGCACUGAGGUCGAGAGUUGCUUAGACAGGCCUAUUGCAGAGCUAUCUUGUCAAGAGGACUGUCCAGUAUCAAACAAACCCAGCCAAAAUCUCAAGCCUGAGUUAUGUGCCCACAGACGUAGUCAAGAUGAUAGUGAAAAUGUGGACAGUAAUGAAUGUGGACUGUGCACAGUCAUCUCAAAUGGAUCACAGUUUUACCCAGAUAAGAAUAAAAAGUUGCACUGCAGCACUAAUGCUGUAGAGCCAUCUACCAACACUGCAGUGCAACCUUCUGUGUCUCAGCAGUUUAAGAUCUCUUAUUUAACAUCAGAAGUGUUACCUUUAAGAACAAGAACAGCAAAAAAUGGGAAAAAACACUUCUGUAUCUAUUGUAGGAAACCCUUCAUCAAACUAGCAAGGCACUUGUCACGGAACCAUGCAAAAGAAAAGGACGUAGCCCAUGCCCUCAGCUUUCCAAAGGGAUCCAAAACUCGACAUUGCUUACUUAAACAGCUCCGUAAUAGAGGUAAUUACCAGCAUAACAUUGAAGUUCAGCAAACUGGAAAUGGUGAAAUCAUCCCAUUGAGAAGGCAAAAAAAGUAUAGUUCAUUGAAUUCCUACCAAGCUUGCCCUCACUGUCUAGGUUUUUUUCUCCAGCGUGACUUGUGGAAACAUCAAAGAUCAUGCAAGAUGAAGAAGGAUGAUGAAAAUCCCCCUUGCAGAAGAAGGUCUCGGUCAGCCUUAUCUAAGAAUCUUGCCUUGCAUGACAGUCUUUCUGAGGGCUGCCAAAAUCUUGUUCGCAACAUGAGAGAUGAUGAUGUCUCAAAGUAUCUAAGGAAUGAUGCCUUAAUCUGCAAAUUUGGAAAUAAACUUUAUGAAAAACAUGGGCAUGAAAAGGAAGGACAUGAAUACAUAUCUCAAAAAAUGAGAGCACUUGGUAGAUUUAUGUUGGCCGUGAGGGAGCUGGAUCACAAUGUUGAGGAUCUGUAUCAAGUAUGUACUGAAUCCAGGUUUAGUUUGGCUUUGGAAGCUGCCAAGAAGGUUGGUGGUUUUGAUCCACACUCUAACAAAUUUAAAAAAUCAGUAGCAUUGAAAAUGAGUUGUUCCUUGAAAUGGGCCACUGAAGUUGCUUUGGGAGAGGAGGACAUGGGAGAUGAAGCUAGAACUCAAGCCAAAAAAUUCAUUCAGCUGCUGGGAACAAAUUGGUUUUCUUAUGAACCCUCACAUAUUCACACUACAAGCACUUGUAUGCAGACUGAAGGAGAUAUUAUACAUCUGAUAGAAGAUGUUGUCAAACUAAAGAAUUUCCUGAAAAAUACUGGAGACAAAGCCAAAUUGGAGCUUGUGGAGCACCCUCAUCGUAAAUCAUGGAAAAGACUACGUCAAAGCCUUCUUGCUGAAAUUGCUCUAUUUAACAGAGGACGAAGGAGCAUAGCUGAGAAAAUGCUGCUUGAGGACUACAUACAGAGGGACAAAGAGCCUAUCCAUGGAAAAAUGUGCGAACCCCUAACAAAGCUGGAACAGGCUCUUGAUGGUGUGUUAAUAAGUGUGGGAGUCACUUGUAAAGAUGGAAGUAGGACUCCUGUUUUGUUUACUGAAAGGAUGGCAUCAUCUCUGGACAUCCUUAUCAAGUACCGUGAUGAUGUAGGUGUUCCCAUGGACAACCCUUACAUGUUUCCUCAAAUGAUGGCUGACGCUCACAUAAGAGCACACGACUGCAUAAGAGCCUUUGCCCAAAAUUGUGGUGCAAACAAGCCUGAAGUUCAUACACAUAAAUACGUGGCUACUAUUUUCCAAAUACUGAGCCUUAAUGGCAGUGAAAAGCAGCAAAUAGCUGCACUUGUAGGCGAUGACAGCUUUGACUACCAAACACUGGAUGAAAACGUCUCGCAGUUGGCAAAAAUCUGCAGCCUGUUGCAAACAAUGGAAGAAGGAACUGGCGCAUACAAGGACACAGGUCUUGGCCAUGCUGCUGCUCUAAGAUGCAAAAGACAAAAAUGGAAGAAGGAGGAACAACGAGCCGUGAGGAGGCAACUGGGAAAUUAUAUAUCCAUCAAUAAAGUGCCAGGCAAAAAGGAUUGUCUGGACUGUAUUAGGGCUGAGCCGGAGGCUCUCAGGUCAAGAACGUGGAGGGGCAUCAAAAAUUAUGUCCAUAACACCAUAAGGUCAAAGAAAAGGAAGGGAAGGGGUUCAAGGCAGAUGGACGAAAGCGAAGAAGCGAGUGAAAGCGCCGAUGAUGAUCUUGGUGAAGUUGUUGCUAUGGAGGCUGCUGCAAAAAGACCUCGUCGUAAAAGAAGACGACGACACCGUGUGUGAAUAUAAUGCUCAUAUACACAAUGAAACGGGCCACAUUUGCUUUGGAAGAGAAGAGUAGGCAACAGUUUGAGCUAGGAAACCACUGAGACUGUUUUACUUAUGUGUCUGCACAAAUUUGCACUUCAGUAAGUCUUUCUAAGAAAAUCAAGGUGGAUAUUAUAAAUCUGACAGGUUGUGAUAUCAGACUACGUAUUCCUGGGUGAACUAAAAGGGUGAAAUUAGCACAUCUUUAUUUCCCAUUUUUCAUUUCUUUCCUGAUUUUGUCAAUACUCGGUUGCUCAUGAGUAGCAUGAGUCUCAGAAGAUGAGAGCACUUUCUUGUAUGAAGCUGGCUGCCUUUUUUUUUUUUUUUCUCCCCCCCCCCAUUUUCCCCAGCUACAAGCUCCGUAGGUGAGCAUCUCAGCUGGCUGUUGGAUUGUCAUUAUCUCUGACAUUUAUACAUGCAGUCAGCUAUUUGUUGUUUUGAUAUUUGAUGUAUAAGUAUUGUAUCAAAAAUUAAAAAUUAGAUAAGGUUAUUCUUAAUUGUAAUAUAAAAUGCUUAUGUUGUUACACACCUUAAAUGUCUGAACAGUUACACAGUUACUUUCUUGCUGCACUUUGGAGCCAUUACCACCAUGGAGUGGAUUAUUUUCCAAUAAGAGCACAUCCUCUUAUACCAUGGCACUUUGAAGGUAUUUCAUUUAUUAAAGAAUGAGCCACUUUUUUUUUAAAUCCGUUUAUAUUUACAUUUACUGUUGAGGAACGUGAAACAGUUUUGUUGUAACAGCUAUAAACUCGCGCUCUCUCUGCCUUGAAGCUAACAAGGAACGUACAGGAACAGCUUUACCUCAAAGUCUUCUUUCAUAAAUGUUAAAUAAACAUUUUACAGAAAGCUUCACCAGAGCAACAGUUAUUGUGUUGGUUAUUUUUCUGUUAAAUGACAGCACCUUAAAAAAAAGAAAAACUUUUAUUGUUAAGCUUAAAUUAUGUCGAGUUGCUACCUUACAAGUUCCUGUGAACAAGUUGUUAUAUAAAACGAUAAUGUAUGAAAACGAUACUUUUGAUUAGAAUUACACCCAGAACGACUGUAAGCAGAAAAUGAAUCAGCACCUUCUGACUAAUUCUGCGGCACUAUGGUGUAAUUUGAUUUAAUGAAAGGAAUCUUGCUCCAAGUGUUUUAUUCAGUUAAUAAGGUCUGAUAUUAUACACUUUUUUUAUUUUGUGAUUUUGUUAAGUUUGGUCUGAUACACUGAAAGUUCACUUGAGGCAUUUCUGAGAUUAAGAACAGAUUUGUGUUUUAUUUUUUAAGAAUGACUCUACAGAUGAUAUAUUUAGCUCUUGCUUCAUAAUCUGUUCAUCUGUUCACAUCCUGUUGUGAAUUAAUGACUUUCUUGCUUUUUGACACUGUAAUUUCAUCGUGAACUCUUAAGGACCAACAGUUUCACAAUGUGUACAGAUUUUGUUUAGUUACAACUGAGGACCUUGUUGUUUCUUUUUUCAUAUGAUGUGUAAUAUAUAUAUAUAUAUAUAUAUAUAUAUAUAUAUAUAUAUAUAAUAUAUAUAUAUAUUUUUUUUUUUUGUUUAGCCAUAAAGCUUUGGUUUGUUGCUGCAGUUCAAAUUGAGACUGACUUCAAAAUGUUCUUUGGAAAUGUGUCAUAUUUCGGUCAUUAUCACAUUGUAAUAUUGCACUUAUUUUCAUUGCAAUGUGUUUGUCUUUGGUUUCUCCUUUUCAUGCACAUCAUAUUAAACCUGAAAUGCACAAUUUAAA